AUGGAUCAAAAUCGUCCUACGUUAAAUCACUUCUUUCAUACUCCAGACUAUGUACUAAAUACCGCAAGACCAGAAGAUCCAAAUGCAGAAUAUCUUAAGAUGACAAAUGGAUACCGGUGGCAGUAUAACAGAUCCGGUCAUUCGAGUGCAAGUCCACCGGGUACUAGUGCAUCGUCCCCAAACAGUAUGAUCUCCCCCCAAGGUCACAGUGCAUCCCCAGAGGAAAUGGAUGCAUUGAUUAAUACUUUACUACAAGUUUGCAGCACUAAUUUAAGUGCACCAACUGCCCGCAGUUCCCGAUUCGCACACGUUGAAAAUUCUUCUAACAUUAGAUGCGAGGAAUGUUAUGACAAACCUUGCGAUUGGUGCAUUAGGUGUCAUCGUUUGACUUAUUCGGACGCAACCAACGACAGCGAACGUAUCUCACUGUCCGAUAUAUCGGGAUUACUAAGCCCUGUAGUCCCUAAUCCAAACUUCCACAUUUUACAAAAGCCAUUUUACUGUGAUAUUCAUCAUGAUGGUCGAAAAUUAUUUUGUCAGACUUGUUCCAAACCUAUUUGUGCUGAUUGUGGAUACGAUGAUCAUGGCAAUCAUGUUACUGUUCAUUUCAAUGAUACCACUGAACGAGCUUGCAUUCAAGCGGGUCAAGUACUGAAAGAAACUAGGCUUGGAAUUUCGGCCCUAAGAGAGGAAUUAGAUGAUGUGCAAAUAUCGGCAGAAAUAUUGGAACAGAAAGCAAGACAGGCAUUUGCAGAUUUGACAUUGUGCACGAAAAGAAUAAUUGCCGCUUUGGAGGCGAGAGAAAAAGAGUUGUUGAGUAGAAUCGAGAAAGCCAGAACUCUAAAAUACACUGCGCUACAGAGAAGAGACGAUGGGAUCAGAUAUGGAAUAAUCCGACUAUCACGAGUUGCUGACAAACUUAAUGAUGUUCUGGAGAGCAGAUCUUAUCUUAACAAUCCAAUGGGUCUAAUAAUGAUCAAAGAUAUGGCUUCAGCUGAGAUUUUCCAAAUCCGUCAGACCUAUCUAUCUCUUCCAUCUCAUGAUGAAAAUUGGAUCUCAUUCAAUAGUUCGGAGGCAAAUAUAAUGGCCGUUAUAGCGAAUCUUGGAAACAUUAUGGUAAAUAAUCCGGGACCUAUAGGCACUGGACGAGCUCUGAGAGGCCGUGGAAAUUCGCCUCGUAUGUUCUUUAGACGUGGACUCUCCUUUUUAUUCCUUGCACCAAUUCGAGGAAGAGCCAUUGCUGCAAGUAGUUAUCCAGUCGUAGUUCAAAUAAAUCAAAAGAUUGAUGUGCCAGCGAAACCUAUAAAAAUUAUUGGAAACACAAGUGAUAGUGAUGAUAAUUUGUGCCGACCAUGGGGCGUAGCAUGCGAUAGAGAAGGAAAUAUAGUUGUUGCAGAUAGGUCAAAUAAUCGUGUUCUAGUAUUUAAACAAGAUGGUUCCCUUGUAAAAAAAUUUGGUUCAUAUGGAACCGGGCAUGGAAACUUUGAUCGUCCAGCUGGCGUAGCCAUCGAUGCACGUCGCCGUAUAAUUGUAGCUGACAAAGAUAAUCAUCGUAUACAGAUUUUCACGAUGUAUGGCAAAUUUAUUAUAACUUUCGGUGAAAAAGGCAGCCGCUAUGGUCAAUUCAAUUAUCCAUGGGAUGUGGCUGUGAACGCCGAAUGCCAGAUAGUGGUGUCUGACACUAGAAAUCAUCGCGUCCAAUUAUUCAGUUCUGAGGGCACUUUUCUACGAAAAUACGGCUACGAGGCCAUGCCGAAUAUGUGGAAGCAUUUCGAUUCACCGCGUGGCGUUGCUUUCAAUCCCCAAGGCAACGUCGUUACCACUGAUUUUAAUAAUCACAGAGUAGUGAUCAUCGAUCAUGAUUUCACGAACGCCCGAGUUUUGGAAUGCAAGAACACAGGUGGCAGCAAACCAUUCCUGAGACCACAAGGUCUGACGAUUGACGACGAAGGAAACAUUAUCAUUGCUGACUCUAGAAACCAUCGAAUACAGAUAUUCAAUGCAUCUGGUAUGUUGAUAGGGCGAUUCGGUAGCUACGGUAAGGGCGACGAAGAAAUGGACAGACCAUCGGGAAUAGCUUUGUUCCCCGGUGGUAAACUCGCUGUCAUAGAUUUUGGUAACAAUCGUCUCCUUCUUUAUUAAAUGAUCCAUUUAUUCUAAGAAUAGGAGAAGGGAUGGUGUGAAGAAGAAGGUAGUAAGAGUAAGAUUUUAUAUAUGGGGGAUAAUGAAAAAAAAAAAAAAAUUACGCGACAAUUGCGAACACAACUACUAUUUUCGAGAUUAGGAGUAAGCGUAUGACGCUUUAGUGUGACAAAGCAUGAGAGCUAAUAUUUUCCUACUGAUUAUAUAUUUUAUGAGAAUCCGUAUAGAUUCUUUUCGAAACUUCGGAUUGCCUAUGUGCCAAAUACACAAGUACAAAGAAAA